CCCAGAUACCUGCUGGCUCUGAUAUGCACCAGUCUGACAGGACGGUCUCCACUCAGGUGUGGCUCUGCUGUCUGAACACACAGAAGGAGCUCGUCCACAUGCUAAAGGACUGUUCCUGGGGAAGUUUCUUUUUGGUUACAUUUUUCUUUCAGGCUGUUAUAUUAGAGAAGAUUUUUUUUCCACUCUACAAGUUUUCUUAAAGGGAGGUUUACAGAUUCCUGGUGGACUUCUGCUGACAGCUGGUUAGACAUCAGGCCAACAGUGCCGUUGCUUUGCCAUGAGAUACGACUUGUCCUGAAGGUACUGUGUCUCCAUGCAACGCUAUCCUCACCACAUUGUACCGAUGGACCCUCAGGUGUGUCCACCUCCACUGAGCAGCAGCCAAUCGGUCAUGAGUGGUCUGGACAAAUCCCCGGUCACGUUCAAACCCAGCCACUCACGGAGCAGCAGCACUGGCUCCUCCAAGAACUCUAAACAGUCUCGUCACUGGGAGGUGAUGGACGAUUUGCAGAAUCUGGAUAUGUGUUCGGUUCCUGGUUCCACUCUAGACCUGAGCAUCCCAGGAAUCUGUGAGGGAUACCUGAUGAAGAGGAGGAAGUACCCCCUAAAAGGCUGGCACAAGAGAUAUUUCAUGUUGGAGAAAGGAAUCCUCAAGUACUCAAAGACGCCUCAAGAUAUCCAGAGAGGGAAGCUCCACGGCUCCAUGGACGUCAGUCUGGCUGUGAUGUCUGUGAACAAGAAGUCCAAACGCAUCGACCUGGACGCCGGAGACAACCUGUACCACCUCAAGGCGAAGAGCCACGACAUCUUCUACAUCUGGUUGACCAAACUGUGCGCCCAUCGUGUGUUCAGGAAGAACGAGGCGAUGACGGUCCAACGAGGCGUCCUUCACGCUCUGUCCAUGGGCCAGAGCACCCUGCCAGCUAUGAACACCCUGGGACAGCAGCACAGAGCGAUGCCUCCUUACUACGCCAGCUGUACUUCAGUAUACCUUCCAGAGAUGACCAGCCCUGCCCCGGCUGUAGCUUCUCACCCAGAGGUCACCAACAAGGUGUCCGCCUGGCUGCAGCAGACCCACGACAUCGAUGCAACCUCCAACGAUCUGGCUCGCUGUCAGGCAGAGCUGACAGAACUGGCUCACCUCAUCCAGAGACUGCACUGGCUGGAAGGAGGGAUGCCCAUCACAGACACCGACCUGGAGAUGAGGAUCAGCAUGCAGAAUCUCUCCCUGGAAAAACCAAAGAAAAAGACGGGAAGGUUGGUCGGCCACUCGAGGACUCUGUCCCGUGUUGAAGCCAUGGGAGGAAUGUUUACCUCCAGCCACCUGAGCACUAAUUCCAGCUCUGGUUUGGGGGCGUCGGUUCAGUCCAUUCCUGACUAUGUCUACUCCCAGCUCUCCAACCCUCAUGGAACCUCACCUGAGGCCAAGAAGCUCCACCAGGACAUCUGCACUGUUUCUCAACGGGUUCAUGCUUCUCUCAAGUCCAUUCAUGAGGUUCUGACCUCGGAUAGAGAGAGACUGAAGCAGGCCUGGACCAGCCCAGAGCUCAGACAGAACACCUCCCAGCAGCUAGCUGCCCUCUGCACACUGUCCCAGCUUGACAUACGGACCAAAGUCCAUUCGCUUUCCCUGUCCUCUGACUCUACUGAAGAAUCCUUCUACACCGUCCUUCCGGACCAGCGGACGCCGUCCAUGGGCCGCCACAGCCACCGUGCUCCCUCAGUGGCAGACUCCAUGGCCGAGUAUUUUGACGCCAGUGAGGUGAUCGUGUGUGAGACGUCCUCAGAGGCCGAAGCUUCAGAUGAAUCAGGUCUGAGUGACAUCACCACCACCAGCAACUCAGAGCCUGAGGAGGGUCACUCCACUGCCACCCUGAACUACAGAGCCAGUGUUAACAGCGCACCGGACCAACCCAGUCCUGUUCCCACAGAUACCGGCCGUCGUACCGUCCUUCCUGCCCCUGGAGCAGACAACAGCCACAUCGGCAUCAUGACCAUUCUCUACAACAACAUCGGGAAGGACUUGUCCAGAGUCUCGAUGCCGGUGGCUCUCAAUGAGCCGGUGUGUUUGCUGCAGAGACUCAGUGAAGAGCUGGAAUACACCGAGCUGCUGGACAUCGCCAAUCACAUCGAUGAUCCGUAUGAGAGGAUGGUUUAUGUGGCAGCGUUUUCCAUCUCUGGUUAUGCCUGGGCAUCCUGGAGGUAUCGCUACAAACCCUUCAACCCUGUCCUGGGAGAAACAUAUGAGAGUUAUAGAGAAGACAGAGGAUUCCAGUACAUCAGUGAGCAGGUCAGCCAUCAUCCACCCAUCUCUGCCUGCCACGCUGAGUCAGAAAACUUCACUUUCUGGCAAGAUCAGAGAUGGAAAAACAAGUUCUGGGGGAAGUCAGUUGAGAUUAUCUCUAGUGGACAGGUCAACGUCUCCCUCCCAAAGUACGGUGAUCACUAUGAAUGGAACAAGGCGGUGACCUGCAUCCACAACGUGCUGAGUCAGCAGCGCUGGUUGGAGCACUACGGCGAGGUCGUCAUCAGAAACACCAAGAGUGAUGCCUGCACCUGCAAGAUCAGUUUUGUCAAGUCUCGCUACUGGAGCUCGGACAACAGUAAGAACGAGGUGCAGGGUGUGGUUCUGGACAGGGCUGGAGAGGUGGUCCACCGUUUUGGAGGUCUGUGGCAUGAGGGCAUCUUCUGUGACACUCUGCCCACACCAAAGUGCAUCUGGAAGCCCAACAUGCAGCCUGAUGACCACGCCGACUUCUACGGUUUCUCACGUUACGCCAGAGAACUGAAUGAACUGACUCCAGAUCUGAAGGACGUCCUUCCUCCAACAGACACCCGCUUCAGACCUGACCAGAGACUCUUGGAGGAGGGAAAAGUGAUGGAGGCAGACAAGAGGAAGGAUGAGGUGGAGGAGAAGCAGAGAGAGAGGAGGAAGGAGAUGGCCAAGAGAGGGGAGGAGCAUAUCCCCAGGUUCUUCAGGAAAGCUCUGGAUGAGGCUGGCAGAGAGGUGUGGUUGUACAAUGGAACCUACUGGAAGCUUCGUAAAGAGCCAGGCUUUGCCAACACCGAUAACCUGGACCUGUGGUAGAACACUCCACCAGGCUUAGUACUGGGGCUGGACAGACCCAGUGAGGGGCUGAGCACUUGGUAUCAUGAUGAAGAGGAAUAAUGAACUCCCCUCUUAAUAUUAAUGACCAGUUUUUAGAAAAGUUUAGAUAUACUGUAGAGACUCGACAGCAGAGACCUGAAGGUGUGCUGCCAGGUUGUAGAGCAGAAGGGCUUUUAGAAGCAUAGAUGAUCCUCUCGCUGGUGUUUUGGUGCCACGUAGAGGUGAGGUGCCACUAUGGAACAAAUGAAGACUGAUUUAGACGAAGCCGGAUGUCUUCCUGCCUUUCGCCUUCCUCCACCCAUAAUAGAAACCUUUAAUAUUAUCAUUCAUGAUUCAAAAGCAAACCUUGAAGUCCACUUCUUAAAUCACUGCCCUGUAGAAAAUUGUGGGUAAAAAUCUUCAGGUUUUCUGUCCCAGCUGAGGCCUCUGUCUAUAUGUAAAUGAGUCAUCAUGUCUGUGGGAUGAAUGUCAGGGUGUAUGUUGUGGUUUUGCUAGUUUUAACAUGUCUGAAUAUUUUUAGUCAGGAUCUUUGCUGACUGUGCCAUCACAGCUCUCAUGAAUUUUUUUCUGACAUGAAUGUAGUCCGAAGUGUUCUUCCUGUAGAGGAGGCUGGUUCUGGUUCUGGUGGGGUGUAUUCCAGGUGAACUCGUUCUGUCCUGCUUCCUUUCUCAGUGGGUCUUAUUGUAUAAACUUUGUACAAUUGGUUUGCAUUUUAUUUUUCCAUGUUUUGUUGUGGCACGUUGGUGACGCCGUUCAUCUGAAGUGUCUGUACGCUGGAUACACUAAGCUGGACUUAUCCAGCCUCUUUCACCUGUAGGACUGGUCCAGAAGGAGCUGGAAGACCAGGUCUCUGAAAUUUAUGCUCUCAGUUGAUGCAAUGAAGUAUUUUUAUUGAUGUUUCAACAAAUGGAUUUUAGUAAGGAAAAGAGACAACUGUUAAAUCCCUGUAAAAGUUUUUUUUUUCCCUUUUAAUUGUUUUGUUUCAAAUAAAAGGUUCCAUAGUCA